AUGCCGUCCGUGGCGACGCCACCGCUUUCCCUCGGCCAUGAUCACCCCGCAAUUUCCCCAGGGUUUCGCGCGGCGAUCCAGGCGACGCUCGGCACGCUCCCCAUGCCUCGCCUGCCCGACCGCGCGAUGCUCUCGCCGCUGCCUGAUCCCCCGAUGACGAGCCCGCCUCUCCAACUCCUGCCCCUCCUCGAGCCGGGCCUCCUGUACGGGCUGCUCUACUACCGCGGCGAGACGACGGCGUGGCACUGGGCUUUCUACGUCCCCGAUCCAGACGUGCUUCCCAUCGGCACCCGCGGCACUGCCUUCUCCGUCGAGCGCGACGCGUCCACUGGCAAGUGGGUCUUCAGGGUCGACAGCAAGCGCGGCGUGCUGGCCGAACCGAUGCUGGUGGCGAUCGUCGCGUUGGGGGACCUUGCGCCGCUUGGGAACUACGAGGAGGUCGUCGGGCAGGAUGCGCUGCUCGCAAUGCUUCGCAACGUUUCGAUCCCACGCGCCGGCGAGCGCCCGUUCUCAAGCAAAGCCUGGUUCAUGGACGCGGUGGGCGUGCUGCACGACUGCGGCGUCAUCGUGUGCGAGGACGUGUGGCUGCUUGAGCGGGAGAUGAGCCGAUGCGCAUUCUCGGCGAUGAACAAAUAUAUGGACAACCGAGGGUGGACUGCAUAUCGCAGCAUGCACUGCUCAUAG